CCAGGUGGCAACCUUUGGGCCAAAACAGUGUUUCAUACCUUUCUUUAGCCAGUUUUUAUUUAUAAUACGAAAAGUAAUUACUUUUAACUGAAAGUGAACAAGUUUUGUAAUCAAAUUCGCUUACCAUGUAUCUAACGCGCCAGUUCCGACUGCUGCCCAGCUGCAGACUUGUCCGACACAUUGCAAGUGGCAGGAGCACACAUUACACAACCGCUGCAACACCGGCAGAAGAGCACAUUGAAAUCCCAAAUCGCAUUGAACGCUCGCCAACAGAUCUACUUCAGGCGCUGGCCAGCACAGUGGGACGUGAUCCGACGGCACCGCAUUACAAAUACCAUGAUGAUCCCUACCUCAUACCCAUGUCGAAUGUGGCCAAGCGAACCUAUUCGCUGUCCAAGGAGGCGGGACGCAAAGCGGCAAGCUGGAUCAAAGAAGAACACCGCGAGCUGUUUCUGCACCAAGAGGCACAACCAGCCAUUGAAAAGUUUGCUCCACGCAUGGUCUACACAGAGGAGUCCGAAGUGGAUGCAAACUCAUUGCAGCAGAUAAUUGCUCAGGGUGAGUUGGCGGACGCAGUUUUGGUGUACAAUCUAUUGGAGCAGAAGGGCAUCGAAGUCAGUAAUGAACUGAAGCAAAGUUUGCUGGAGCUUGUAUGCUUCUACAACAACCAGGAACCGCUGCCGGAGGAGUUCAUAGAGGAACGUUGGUUUAGCGAGCACAAUCGGCGACGUGAGCGACACGGAAAAACAUGGAAGGAUGGGGAUCUUGCCGAGAAACUAUACGCCGCCAUUGAGCCAAAGACGCCACAAUCCUAUGCAGCUCUCAUACGUGGCAUGGCCAAGUAUCUGCAGUGUGAGCGAGCAUUCGCACUAUUGCAGGAGGCCAACGAGAAACAGUUGCAACUGGACACCAAUACCUACAAUUCCAUCAUUCAGAUCAUCAGUUAUCUGAAGGAGACGGCCGAUCAGCGUUGGCAGCUGUGCAACGAUCUGCUGCGCCAAAUGGCCGAGCAACAAUUAAGUCCUAAUUUAGGCACACUGAAUGCGAUCCUCCAGUGCAUCAGUUCAUUUGGUAACUUUAAGCUGGCUCGCGGCUCUGCGCUGAAAGUGCUGCCUGAAUUCCAGAAACUGGGCGUAGUUCCCAGCCUGGGCACUUAUUACUAUCUACUCAUAAUAUUCUGUCGCGAACGUGCUCCCGUUUCUCAUGUCAUUGUGGACAUUCUGCACGAGAUUGCCGGCAAGCAUUUCAAGAUUGAGCAUCCCAGGGACACGUACUUCUUUGCCACGGCCAUGGAUGUGUGUCGCAAUCAUUUGCAUGACAAGGCUCUGGCCAAGAAGGUUGACGAAUUGCUGCACACGGGCAACAACUACGAUCUGAUUGGUGACUCCUUCAAAGAAUCUGUCUACUAUCGCAAUUAUUUGGCGCUGCUCUGUCAGACUGAGCCUAUUGAGGAUUUCAUGCAUACAUACGACCUGCUAGUGCCUAACAUCUAUAUUCCCGAGCCGGGCAUCAUGGAGGAGAUACUGAGGGCUUUGGAAAUCAAUGGCGCUGUAGAGCAUGUACCCCGCAUCUGGUCCGACAUGGUUAUCUUUGAUCACACACAUCGCGAAAGCUUGCUACUGUAUUUACUGCGCAUCAUGGUCGAUAAUCGUCCCAAUGCUGAUCAGCCAGCGCAGCAACAGCUGCCGGAGCAGUGCGCCAAGGUGGCACUGGACAUGUACAACAAGAUCGAGGAGUCAGCGAAGCGUGUGCGGAAGGUUUCCUUCACCGGUCAAAUGCUGGGCGAUAUCCUAACGCUGCUCGUGCGUGGGGACAGCAGCUUCGACAAGGCCAGCGAGGUAUUUUCGUACAUUGACAAGCAGCAGCAUCGCAUACCCGGCACGCCAGCCGAGAGCGCACUUCUCGAGUAUGUGGAGUCAACUAUCCAGAACAAGGCGCCCAGCCAAGCUCUGGCUACGCUGCAAUAUGCCGUGGAGAACAAUAUGGAAACAAAUACGCUGGCCCAACGCAUCCACGAGGGAUUCACAUUGAGCGAAGUGCAUUUGGCCAAGCUGAAAUCGCUUGUCGGUGAUAGCGUCCUAGAUAAGUAAGAACUUGAGCUGUAUAGAAGUCGUUAAUGUUGUUGUACAAUAUAUUUGCAAUAAAUACAAAAAUUUAAAUAAAUGCAUGGAAUGCAUUGCUUAAUAC